AGGGUCUGCAGAACCCUCUCCGUCUGCCUUGUGGUUCCCAAACGGAGCCUCAGCCCAUCCAAAGAUGGCCUGGAGACAGCUGCUUCUCGCCUGCUGUCUCUCAGCAGCUGUGCUCCUCACUACGCUGCAGGAGGGCGCUGGUGCAGCGGUGGGCACCCAGCAGGAGGCAGGACAAGACGUUUGGGAAGAUGUAGAACAGAAGAUCUUCAUGCAGGAAUCAGAUGCUUCAAAUUUCCUCAAGAGGCGCGGCAAGCGGUCCCCAAAAUCCCAAGAUGAGGUCAAUGCGGAGAACAGGCAGAAGCUGCGGGCCAAUGAGCUGCGGAGAGAGUACUACGAGGAACAAAGGAACGAGUUUGAGAACUUCGUGGAGGAGCAAAAUGAUGAACAGGAAGAGAGAAGCCGGGAAGCUAAUGAGCAAUGGCGCCAGUGGCAUUACGACGGCCUGCAUCCAUCAUAUCUCUAUAACCGCCACCACAUCUGACCUCAUUUUGACAGAGCAGGAAGAUGGAGCUUGAAACUCACAAACCUACCCCAGGUGUCUGACCAACGCCUCCACACCAGCAGGCCCCUUCACAGGGUCUCAACUGGGGGGGCUCCUGGGCGGGGGGGCUGCUGUGGUAAACACACAGGCCUUUUGUUCUGAUGUUUUAAGAUGCCCUGGCUUUUGCUUCUUUGCAGAUGAUUUUCUGAGGUGAGCAAACACCUGCGGGGCCUCCUGGCACCGAACCUUCAGUGACGUCCCCUUAUUUAGCCACUGUUCCCACAGUUAAGACUCCUGUCCUGUAGAACAAUGAGAAGGGUCGCAAUAAAGACGACAGAUGACGUGUUCGCUUA